AGUACUAGCAUCAUUCUAGACGCAUAAUGCGGAAGUAUUCGCAUCUUUAAGUGAGCUGUGAUUAAUUAGAUACUAUUAUGUAUACACUGACAUAACACCGCUCAAUCACUGUAUACAUACAUAAUUAAUACGCAAUGUAAUCUUUGUUGACCUAUAGUUGUACGCUUAUUUAAUUGUAGAGAAAAUCUUUUAGUUCUGGUAUUUGGGUAAUAAAUAUUAAAUUAUGUCUUUGUUUGCUUAUAAUGUUCGUUAAACAAUUGUAGACAUUAGUCUCGUAAUCCGAUGAUAAAAUAAAAGAUGUAGAUAUUAGCUUUAGCAGAUUAGCAUGCUACAAGUUUGAUAGUUGCAAUUUAUAUUCUAUUUAUUUACUUUAAGACUAAACUCAUGUCAAACUCAUUCUUGAAAAUAACGAUAUGUUAAAGAUCAUACUAAAAUACUCCAGAAAUCAGAAGUCAGCUGAAUACAUUAUGACCCACUCAAUACCUUAACAAGAAAAUUUAAAUAUUCAAAUGAACUCAUUCAAGAACUAUACAUAUCUCAUAUCUUAAUCUUUCAAAGACCUUUUGUACAAUAAGUAGGGAUAUUAUCUGGUUUCUACCUUCAGUAUGCUUCCUGUAACCAGCUACGAUGUGGCUUCUCCUUGCGUUCGCCUUACUCUUAGUAUUUUCAUUCGUCGUCGAAUAUUUUAAAACACCAGCUUCAUAUCCUCCUGGACCAAAACCACUGCCGUUUCUUGGGAAUUUGUUAUCCGUUGCUCUAAACUUAAGAGCUCUGAAGUAUCAUCAUUCAGUAUGGAGCCAAUGGUCUCGGCAGUAUGGAGAUGUGCUCGGUUUGAGACUAGGGUUCUUAAAAGUGGUGGUCGUGUCAGGGAAAGAUAUGAUCAAGGAAGUGUCGUCAAGGGAAGCGUUUGAAGGAAGACCAAAUGGUUUUUUCUACCUGAUGAGACAGUUUGGAAAAAAGUACGGAAUCGUUUUCAACGAUGGCGCAUCCUGGACGAACACUAGACGAGUUGUGCUAAAAUAUCUGAAGCACUUUGGUUAUAAUACACGUCUUAUGGAGAGUUACAUCAGUGAGGAAUGUAGAGCUUUAGUUAAACUGAGGUUAACUGAUGCCGGUAAACCGAUACUUGUGAAUUCUAUGUUUCACAUAACAAUCGUCAAUAUUCUAUGGAGGCUUGUCGCCGGGAAAAGAUACGACUUAGAAGAUGAGAAAUUAACGACACUAUGCAAUUUAAUCAUGCGAUUGUUUAAAGCGAGUGACAUGAGUGGCGGGAUCUUAAACUUUAUGCCUCUUAUUCGAUAUGUCGCUCCAAACCUUUCGGGGUAUAACGAGAUACAUUCCAUGCAUAAAGCUAUCUAUGACUUCUUAAGGGAAACGAUAAAGGAACAUCAGCAAAGUCUGGACGUCAACAAUCCUAGAGACGUCAUUGACGCGUUUCUUAUUGAGAAAGUUCAGUCUCCUGAUGUGUCCUUUACAGACGAAGAGCUGCAAGUUGUGUGCCUCGACUUGCUAGAAGCGGGCAUGGAGACUGUCUCCAACACGGCAGUAUUCAUGUUGCUUUAUAUAGUGCGCAAUGAUGACGUCCAGAAAAGGUUGCACGAUGAGAUCGAUGAGGUUAUAGGAUCUCAAAGGGCGCCGGCGCUUAGCGAUAGAAGCAGGAUGGUCUAUACCGAAGCGGUGUUGCUAGAGUCUCUACGCAUUUCUAGCGUAGCAUCCGUAGGCAUCCCGCACAUGGCCCUUGAAGACGCUCGACUCGGCAAUCACAUUAUACCCAAGGGCACAUUCAUUUUGCUGGCAAUGUACGAUUUGCAUCACGGCGAGCAUUGGAACGACCCCGAGACUUUCCGUCCAGAGAGGUUUAUCACCAAAGAUGGAAACCUGAUGCAAGACGAGUGGCUAUUGCCAUUCGGAACAGGGAGGAGACGAUGCAUCGGCGAAGGAUUAGCACGCUCGGAACUCUUCCUAUUUGUAACCAACAUCCUGCAGAAGUUCCGACUCAAAACACCAGAUGGCGUCACUGCACCAUCACCUGAACCUAACGAAGGUGUUUCUCUGUCAGCUAAACCAUUUCACGUAAUUUUCGAACCAAGGGCAUAAUGUCCAAAUUAUUUAGUUAGAAAAGGGGAAAGUAGUUCAUUUUCACUAAAUUUAAUAUAGCGUAGAUAUGUUACGCAAAUUAAUGUAACGGUAUUACAGAUGACAGUUUUAAUUAAAAAAUCAUUAACGAUGUGA